GUCAAAGUAGGCAGCUGUUUACGUUUUGUAUCGUUAUUUUGCGAUCGUUUUGCACAACUUUUGUUAUACUGUAUUGUUUUUAUUUUAACACUUUUGCUUCUACGAUAUCGGUGAAUUAUAUGUGUAUUUUUUUUGUUAAUUUCUUUAAACCAUGUCAGAUGUCAAGAGGUGAAUAAGUAGUGUGUUUGUGUCUAACGUGUGAGUGACAGUUUUUAUAUUGUUUGGGAUUCGUGUGAUAAACAUAUCGGUACCUCAAUGAUACAAGUUUCAACAAGUUACCAGAACGCAUGAUGUCAGUGCGCAUUUGAAGUAUACUAGGUGUCAGCUGAUGCGGUUGUGAGGUGCGGCAGCAGGUGAAAUGUGGCUGGCAUGGCGCUCGCUGGCGCAGCUCGUGCUCGUGCUUGGCGUGUUCGGCGCGCACGAUGCGACCUACCACAAUCAGUUCGCAGUGCACGUGCCCAAUGGGGAGAGGCACGUGCGUGAUAUCGCAAAACGACACGGCUACGUUAACCAUGGACAGAUCGGUUCAUUGAAAGGCUACUAUUUACUAUCGCAUCACGAAGUACAUAAAAGGUCAGCGGAGCCGAGCCACGAACAUCAUCGCAAGUUGAACGACGAACCUGAGGUACGAUGGUUCCAACAACAAAGAGAGCGGCGGAGAGUUAAGCGGGACUAUACGCAGCGAGACGCCGGCUUGUGGUCACAAUUCAGUCGUCGUAUGCCUUCCCAUCGCACCCGACACCGUGCCCUAAACCCAACGCCUUUCUUCCCCGAUCCAUUGUUCAAAGAACAAUGGUAUUUGAAUGGAGGAGCAAAAGAUGGUCUAGACAUGAACGUAGCCCCAGCUUGGCAAAAAGGUUAUACGGGAAAGGGCGUGGUGGUUUCCAUUCUUGAUGAUGGUAUCCAAACUAAUCAUCCAGAUCUUGCGCAAAAUUACGAUCCUAACGCUUCAACAGAUAUUAAUGGAAAUGAUGAUGAUCCAAUGCCUCAAGACAAUGGUGAUAACAAACACGGUACAAGAUGUGCAGGGGAAGUGGCUGGAGUAGCUUACAACCAGUAUUGUGGUGUUGGUAUAGCUUACAACGCCAGUAUAGGUGGUGUAAGGAUGUUAGACGGUGUAGUAAACGAUGCUGUUGAAGCUAGAGCAUUAGGAUUAAAUCCAGAUCAUAUCGAUAUAUACAGUGCUUCAUGGGGACCUGAAGAUGAUGGCAAAACAGUUGAUGGUCCAGGACCAUUAGCAAGAAGGGCCUUUAUUUACGGUGUCACAAGUGGUCGAAGAGGAAAAGGCAGUAUAUUUGUAUGGGCUUCUGGAAAUGGUGGUAGACAUACAGAUUCUUGCAAUUGUGACGGUUAUACGAACAGCAUUUUCACGCUAUCUAUCUCUAGUGCUACUCAAGGAGGAUAUAAGCCGUGGUACCUUGAAGAAUGCUCGUCCACUCUUGCCACCACUUAUAGCUCAGGUACACCAGGACACGAUAAGAGUGUCGCAACCGUCGAUAUGGAUGGUCGGUUAAGACCUGAUCACAUAUGCACAGUAGAGCAUACUGGAACAUCAGCAUCUGCUCCUUUAGCGGCAGGUAUUUGUGCAUUGGCCUUAGAAGCUAACCCAGAAUUAACCUGGAGAGAUAUGCAAUAUCUAGUUGUCCUUACAUCACGACCACAACCGUUAGAAAAAGAAACAGGUUGGAUUAUAAAUGGUGUUAAAAGAAAAGUAAGCCACAAAUUCGGCUACGGUUUGAUGGACGCAUCAGAAAUGGUAAGCUUAGCGGAGCAAUGGGUGUCGGUACCACCACAGCAUAUUUGCAAGUCACAAGAAAUUAACGAAGAUAGGUCAAUAGAUUCUUCUUAUGGUUAUACUUUAAGUGUUCACAUGGAUGUAAAUGGAUGUAGCGCAACUGUUAACGAAGUACGUUAUUUAGAACACGUGCAGUGUAAAAUAUCACUAAGAUUCUUCCCUAGAGGAAAUCUGCGAAUACUUCUCACGUCUCCAAUGGGGACAACGUCAACUCUACUCUUUGAAAGACCAAGAGAUGUUGUGAGUUCUAAUUUUGAUGAUUGGCCAUUCUUAAGUGUGCAUUUCUGGGGAGAACGCGCCGAAGGUAGAUGGACAUUGCACAUUGUAAAUGCUGGAAACAGGCAUGUCAAUCAACCCGGAGUACUAAAGAAAUGGCAGUUAAUAUUUUAUGGCACCUCAGUCGAACCGGUUAGACUUAAAGGCAAAAGGCCAUCAGCGAUUGCUCCUCCUUUUGCAUUCCCAACCGCCGCUGAUGGCUACGAUUCUGCCGGGGAUUCUUUUUACAACACUGACGCGUUUGCCAAUUACCAGAACUUUCCUAGUUUAUUCGCUGCCGGCUCAGACCCGGAAAAAGCGAUAGCCCAACUCGACGGACAUAACGUCCCUUCUCCGCAUGGGGAGAAUGUCCUCGCUGAUAGUAAUGAUAAGCGCGUCAUGCAUGAAUGUGAUCCCGAAUGCGAUACCCAAGGAUGCUAUGGAAAAGGACCUACACAAUGCAUAGCUUGUAAACAUUAUCGACUUGAUGAUGCCUGUGUCUCUCGUUGCCCACCACGGAGCUUUGCGAACCAAGGCGCAGUUUGCUGGCCGUGCCAUGAAUCUUGCGAGACUUGCGUUGGACCGGGCCAAGAUUCUUGUUUAACUUGUGCUCCAGCUCAUUUGCUGGUCGCAGAUUUGGCUGUGUGUCUGCAGCAAUGUCCCGAUGGCUACUGGGAGGACAGCGAGUCCUCGGUCUGUAGGCCUUGCGCCGCUCAUUGCUCGACGUGUUCCGAUAAAGCCGACUCGUGCACUUCAUGUGAGCAUCACUUAGUUCUGCAUAAUGGUACAUGCUUGGCGUCCUGUCCACCCUCGUACUUUGAAACUGAGGACUACUCGUGUGCUAAGUGCCAUUCAUCUUGUGACACGUGCGAGGGUCCUGCGGAAACUCAGUGUGUGACUUGUCACCCUUCGAGCUAUUCUUUAGAAGGCCGGUGUGUUAACGCAUGUCCUAGUGGAUACUAUGCGGACAAGAAGAGAAAAGAAUGCAUGAAAUGUCCUGUUGGUUGUUCUACUUGUAUAAGCACCUUUUGCAUGUCUUGUGAUGCCAACUGGGAGUUAAAUAAAAAAGGGAAAUGUAUCCAGACUGGGUCCGACAAGUGCAGUUCAGGCGAAUACUUCGACGGUGCCAAUUGCAAUCGUUGUCACACCGCCUGCGACUCCUGCUAUGGUGACGAGGAUACCAAUUGCCUGACGUGUCCGUCACCAAAUCUAUUAGAAAAUUACAAAUGUGUGCCGGAGUGCAGCCGCGGCUACUACUCAGAGUCGGGGCGGUGUACGCGCUGCGUGCACGGGUGCUCCGCCUGCGUCUCGCGGCUCAACUGCACCGCCUGCGCUGGAGCCUUGCGCCUUCAAUCCGGCGCCUGUCGCACCUCCUGUGCGGAUGGGUACUACGCGGACCGGGGCACAUGUGCUAAGUGUUACUUGUCGUGUCGCACUUGCAUCGGGCCGCGCCGGGAUCAGUGCGCCUCCUGCCCUUCGGGUUGGAGGCUGGCCGCCGGGGAGUGUCAUCCAGAAUGUCCGCAAGGUUUCUACCAAAGCGUAGGUGGUUGCCGGCGCUGCCACCACUACUGCCGCGAGUGCGACGGCUCGGGGCCGCUGCACUGCCGGUCGUGUCCGCCGCGGUUCAUGCUCGACGGUGGCCUCUGUAUGGAGUGCCUCGGCAGCCAGUACUACGAGCCCAGCAGCGGCGUCUGUCUCUCCUGUGACAACUCUUGCCGCACUUGUUCCGGUCCGGGGAGAUUCAGUUGCUCGGGUUGUUCGAGGCCGUUGCGACUUGACAGGUUGAACAACCAGUGCGUACCUUGCUGCUCGGAGCGAGGGGCCUACGGUAACUCAUCAGCUUCCGAAUGCUGUCAUUGUAAUAUGGAUACUGGUGAAUGUAUAAACUCGUCUGUGGCGGGCAAGCGGCGCAUAGCGGAGUGGGGCGCGCUGCAGCGGGAGCGCGCGCCGGCGCCCAGCGCGGCCGCACUCGCACUCACUGUGUGCGCCGCCGCCGCCGCUGUAUUCUUAGCUGUGCUGUUUGUCUUACAACUCCGCAGUGCAAAUCGUCCAAAAUCUACAAAGCGCGGUGUGAUAUACUCCCCGCUCGCUUGUAACGACGAGGGUGACAUCACAGUGCUCACCUCCCACACCUCGUUCCCCGUCGAGCCGCCCGAGCAAGUCGGCGAGCAUGUUCGCGAGCAUGUCUGCGAGCACGAACACGAGCCCCUCCUCGAGCAUUCCACAUAACGCGCGCUGUGAUCCUAGACGUAAGUGACUAUUGACGCUCUUUGAUCAGUUCAAUUUGGUGAUUAGAAUUUUACAAU